AUGAAAUGGACUAAAGUUCUGAGAACUGGAGCUCUUGAGGUGAGAUUCAUGGGUGUUGAUCUAAACACAAUCAUGUUCAACAUGGAACGAGGCCAAGACACGACAGAGUUGAAGGAGUUUGCGUUGAACCAACCCGAGGCCUAUGAAAUAAAGAUUGGCGAUCAAGUUUUUCGAAGACCUGGAGAUCCUCCUUUGGAGGAAGUUGUUGAGAAGCUCCAGAAGGAGAAAAAGAGAGUGGAGAAUGACAGUCCAGCAGAGAGCAAUAGGCAUUUAAAAGAGGAACUGUAG